AUGAGUCUUUGUAUGUCUCUAAUACAUCUUCUUUUCCUUCUUCCAUUCUCCAAUGGUCAGAACAUCGGAGAUGUGGACACGGAAACUGCUUUGCAAAACAUGCUUUUCAAGGGAUAUAAUCGGUAUCGCAAACCUGUAUUGAAUAUUACCACUAAUGUUCCGUUUGGGAUGGUAAUUUCUCUGUACAGCAUAGAAAAGGUGGACGAGAAAUCGCAGACAUUUUCAUCUGUUAUCUGGCUGAUGUACAGCUGGACAGAUGAGUAUCUCCGCUGGAAUAUAUCAGAAUAUGGGACUGAAUAUCUCCGAGUUCCAGCCGAAAUGAUAUGGGUUCCGUCUAUUUGUGGUAUUAACGAGCUUGCUGAAAAGAUGUGUAUGACUUACGAAUCUGUGAAAGAAAACGAGGCUUUCAUUCAUUACACAGGGUUUGUCUCUUUGUACAAGUCAGUUAAAAGUACCAUUCAGUGCAAAAUUAAUUUACAGAAAUAUCCUUUUGACGAACAGAGGUGCACUUUUGAAUUUAUGUCAUUGAUAUCAGCAAUGCAUCAAUUAGAAAUUAACGACAAUUUCACUUUGGCUGACACAUCACGCGCUGUAUACAAUGGCGAAUGGAGUUUGGUGUCUGCAGAGAAGAACAUUCGCACCUUGCCAACUACAGCUGAUCAGUCUCCAAAUUAUUUUCUGGAAUUUACAAUAAAGAUACGAAGACGUCCCACUAUGGCGAUUUUUACGGUAAUGUUUCCCAUUAUCACUCUCUCUACCAUGAACAUUUUCUGCUUCGUGCUUCCUAUUGCAGCGGGUGAAAAGAUUGGGAUGUCAGUGGCUAUUUUUCUGACUUUUGCGGUGUACGCUACCCUGCUGAGUGAAAAUAUGCCGACAUCCGCCGAAAACCUUUCAUGGUUCAGUAUCUACGUUACAACACAGGUCAUUCUCAGUGCCAUUACGGUAGUAUUGCAAUCCAUUCUACUUCGUGUUUACCACCAGGAUCCGCAAACUGAUCAGUAUGAGAGAGAAGUUGAUGCAUUUCAACAUCGUCUGGAGACUGUUAUGGAAGGAGUAGAGAAACGUAGUCCAUUUGUCGGGUCGGAACAACCCACCACAAUUAAGACACGCACAUGUAGCAAUAGAGACAUUGCAUUGAGAGUGGAGAACGUAUUUUUGGUGUGUACCAUUUCCAUUAAUAUUGUGUCAAUCUGUCUUCUCUUUGCAAACACUCUGUGA